AUGGUACAAUUAGAAGAACUACUGACAAUAAAUGAAGAGGAGGAGAAAAUGAUUGAAUUAAAAAUUAAAAAAAUUGAAAUAGAUCAAGAAUUAGAGAAGGAGCAACAAGAAGAAGUGAAGAUCUUUUUGAAACAAGAAA